CUCUAAAAACCUCUCUACUUUUCAAACUAAACUCUCUUCUCUAGUCUCUGCAAUGGCGCGACUUCUCUUUCGUCUUCUUCAAGAAUCCACCUCUCCGUCUCCGGCUGAAGUUUCUCCGACAUUAAACUCUAAUCUCAUAGUCAUCAUAGCUGCUCUUCUCUGCGCACUGAUUUGCGUCCUCGGCUUAGUCGCUGUCUCUCGAUGCACCUGGCUCCGACGUAUCGCCGCCCCGAACUCGGUCCAGACUCAUCAUCAACCGCCGGUAGCUGCGGCCAACAGAGGACUAAAGAAGAAAGUCCUCCGUUCUCUGCCGAAGCUCGCCUACUCGCCGGAUUCUCCACCGGGGGAGAAACUAGUCGAGUGUGUGAUAUGUCUGACGGAAUUCGCCGCCGGCGACGAGCUAAGAGUGUUGCCGCAGUGCGGUCACGGUUUCCACGUAUCGUGUAUUGACACGUGGCUUGAGUCCCAUUCUUCGUGUCCUUCCUGCCGUCAAAUCUUGGUGGUUGCCAGGUGUCAAAAAUGCGGGGGGUUACCUGGUAGCUCAAGCUCAGGAUCCGAACCCAAUACCGGAAUCACGCAACGCGAAGAUCCUAAUAACUUAUUACCUUGAUUGUGCUUUAGACCUUCCCCCAUUCUAUACACUAGCACUUGGAGCGUUUACCGUGGGCAUGUUAUAAUAUCUAAAAAAUGUUCAUUAUCAUCAUUUUAAUGGAUAAUGUUAAUCUGUCAUAUGUAUUAUUAAUGUAUAUGCUUUAUUGUAAAUGGAUUAUGUAACGGAAAGUUAAUACAUUGAACACUUUGUUUC